ACUAGGGCAAGAAUCUUCUUUUACUUUUAAACAGAACAGCUUAUUGUAAUUUAUUUUCAAUUUUAUAAGACUCCUUCCCCUAAAACGCCAUACUUAUGGCACCUUCUAUUAUCGAAGGAAUUGACAACGAAGUUCUUUUCGUGGUUAGCGUUCUGGCGGCUUUUUUGACGAUACUUCUGGUUCACCUGGUUUAUAAUUCGAAUGCAACGAAUCGCAACGCAACAGAACAUGACUUGGAACCAGACAUCUCGUCAGAUCCCGACCAAAGUGAUUAUUCUCGCCCUACUGAUCGUGCCGAUGAGAGCCCAAGUCAAGAACAAGGAUCAGACUCAGGGAAUAUUGGACUCAGGCAAACAACAACAUCAUCAUUAAAUGAUAAUGCUAAUGAAGCUUCAGGGUCACAACCAGGGAAUGACAGAGAGGGUCAGAGAGGGCCAACUCAAAACACAUCUGAUGCAGGUGGCCAACAGGGCCCCAUUGAAGAACUUAUAUCAAUCCGUAUCAAAUUCUUGGAGAGUGAAAAGAAUUUGUCCAUAGAUAGAAGAAUUUCUGUGGGAGAAUUGAAAAGUUCAUGUUUUCAGGAUGAACUCAACAACGGAAGGAGAGUGCGUCUCAUAUACAGCGGACGACUUCUUGAAGGUGACUCUGCCCCAGUCUCUUUUUAUGGAGUCGGUCACAAUUCAGUGAUCCACGCCCAAAUAUCUGAUGCACAGGGAGUUUCAGGGGAACAUUCGGGCAGACACGAUGACGAAGGUUUAAUUUUCUCAAUGGACCCUUCAAAGUUAUUUGUUCCUAUAUUGGCAUUUAUACUUAUUCUCUGCUGGUACGGACUAUUCAAUUACAGGCAUUUGUUCAGUGCUGCAUCAGUGAUCAUUCUAAUUUUUAUGACACUUGCAUUUGGCUUUUUGGUGUACGUCAUAACAUCUUAAGCUUCAGAAGCUAUAACGGGAACACUUUUAUUAGGCGAUAAUUCAUCGCGGCGGUUCAGUUUAAUUUCCUUGUAAUAUACUUGGAGAAUAUUUAUAAAGAUAAAAAAAAAUGAUCAUAAUACACGGAAAUAAAGUUGAAUAGCCAGUAAUAAUAAUAAAAGUCUUUAUUAAGCACUCUAUACACCAAACGUGUUUAGUUACAAUGAUAUGAACUUAAGAAAAUAUAAAACUAAUUAACUAACUAGAUAACUAACUGACUAAAUAACAAGAGAACUAACAUCUAUUAACAAAAGUCCUCUUGAAACGUUCAGUUUUGACAAGCGGGAGAAUAUAAUUAUGGCGCCUCUUACGUAGCGUAACUAUUGGUCGCUUUGGAAAUGACUUUAAUUUAGUUGAGGACGCUUUAUAAUUGUGGGCCCUUAACAUUUGUAGGAAAAUUCCGGUCGGUGUUGCCGUAGUAUAAUGGUGCGGGAUUUUCCGAAUUCGAGAAUCAGGUCCCGGUUGUUCAAAGGUUGGAUAACGCUGUCCAGUACGAUUUGCAGUCCCUUAUCCGCUGGAUAGCGUUUGAUCCAUUGAAUAUACGGUUAUCCACCCUUUGUGCUACUGAGCCCGGUGUUUUGUCCCUCUCUAGUCUGGAAAUGGAAGAUUCAUUCAAAAUGGAAAGAAAAUUUCCGCUGUUUAUUUCGAAAGGAAAAAAGGAGUACCUCUGUACGCACAACUCAGGUUCGCUUCAAAGUCUUCGGAGAAUUACCUUAAAUUACGUUACCGUUGGACGUCACAUCGAAAUUUCCUGAUUUUGUGGCCGAAUGGAUAGCAGCCUUUGUGUUAAUAAAAUCCAAAUCAAAAUUAAUACAACAGCUAAUCAUAGCGAAGGUAAUAUCUCAAUGAGCCAAUGAGAGCUCAAGGUGAAGACAAGCGAAUUCCUUAAGUACAAGAAAACGAAGUCUGCGUUCACACUUGGUGCUCGAGCACGGUGCCCAAGUACGAUUCUUGAUGGGAACUAAUAUGAUCAUACCUUUUUUUCAAGUGCCCACACCAGAAUUCGGGCAUCAAGCCCGUGAAAAACCAUGUACUUUGGUACUGAACCGGGCACUGAUAUAUUGGGUUACCCAGUGUCUGAGCACAGCACCGUUUUGUGCCGGCGCCGCGGCACUAGUGCUUGGGUACCAAGUGUGAAGGCAGCCUUCGAAGUCGCAUUUUGAUUUUCCUACUUCACUUGGUUAUGUCAGAGGGUAGAGCGCAAGAUUUCUAGACCAAUCAAAAAUCAGAUCAGAGUAAAACGAAACUUAUAAAGUGGUGGAUCACUUUCGUGCAGGCAUAUUUGGGUAAAGUUGAAACAUCUGUAAUGAGUCUGGAUUGACGGAAUAACCCUUUAAACGCGAUCCACAAAAAACGUUUUCGCUGCAGUGAAAAUCUGCAUGGCAACGGUUUCAUGUGAAAUUAAAUUUUGAGGAACAGUUUUUUAGUAAUAUUUUUCUCAGCGCGAUUUUCUUUUUUUGUAUUUAAUCUUUAAAUAACCUGUAUUUCGAGAAGUAGAUGUGUUGUAAUGAAAGUUCCCGGGACGUUUUAAUACGACUGCAUGACAUGUUUCUCUCAUUUAGAAUUUUACACUAAUUGUAGAGUAUUUAAAAAAAGAUUAACAUUUUCACAAAAGAUUUUGAUUAAACUGAACUUAAAAAGGUUA